CCGCUCUAGACACUCUACGUGCCAAGACCGCGACUCGUCCAUAAUUCGCCCCUCUUUGGUCAGGGGCCGAGCCGCGUUACUAGUGGAUAUCAGACUCGUUCAGACCCGAGUCGAAGUCCCAGGGAGCUGCCGAUGAACGGCACCAUGGCUGCGUCCUCGCACCGGAUAACGAUGGGGCCGCUGGUGGCCGCCAUCGACCAGGGCACGAGCUCCACUCGUUUUCUGGUGUUUAAUUCAAAAACAGCCGAGCUCCUCAGCCAUCACCAGGUGGAAAUCAAGCAGAGCUUCCCUAAAGAAGGGUGGGUGGAGGAGGAUCCCAAAGAAAUUCUGCAGUCGGUGUACGAGUGCAUGGAGCGAACGUGUGAAAAACUGACCCAGCUCAACAUCGACAUCUCAAACAUUAAAGCCAUCGGAGUGACCAACCAGAGGGAGACCACGCUCGUUUGGGACAAAGAGACCGGGGAGCCCCUUUACAACGCCAUUGUCUGGCUGGACCUAAGGACACAGUCAACGGUUGAACGUCUCAUUAGUAAGACCCCGGGAAGGAAUAAGAACCAUUUGAAGCACAAAACCGGACUCCCGAUCAGCACCUACUUCAGCGCGGUCAAACUCCGCUGGCUGAUGGACAACGUGGACGAGGUCCACGAGGCCGUGGUGUCCCACCGCGCCAUGUUCGGCACCGUGGACUCCUGGCUCAUCUGGUGCUUAACGGGGGGCAAGUCCGGCGGCGUCCACUGCACGGACGUGACCAACGCCAGCCGGACCAUGCUGUUCAACAUCCACACCAUGACCUGGGACCCGGAACUUUGCAAAUAUUUCGGGAUUCCCAUGGAAAUCCUGCCCAGUGUUCGGAGUUCGUCCGAAAUCUACGGCCUCAUGAAAAUUUGUUCUAGCCGGAAAUCCGGAGCUCUCUCGGGUAUUCCUAUCUCGGGGUGUCUCGGGGAUCAGUCGGCAGCUCUCGUGGGUCAGAUGUGUUUCCAGGACGGACAAGCCAAAAACACGUACGGGACCGGCUGCUUUCUUUUGCGAAACACCGGAGCCAAGCCGGUGAUGUCGGACCACGGCCUGCUCACCACGGUGGCCUACAAGCUGGGCCGGGAUAAGCCCGCCUGUUACGCGCUGGAGGGCUCCGUGGCCAUCGCGGGGGCGGUGGUCCGCUGGCUGCAGGACAACCUCGGGAUCAUCAGUGCUUCCGAAGAGCUCGAGAAGUUGGCGGCGUCGGUGGGCACCUCCUACGGCUGCUACUUUGUCCCCGCCUUCUCGGGCCUCUACGCGCCCUACUGGGAGCCCAGCGCCCGAGGGAUCAUCUGCGGCCUGACGCAGUUCACCAACAAGAGGCACCUGGCCUUCGCCGCGCUGGAGGCCGUCUGUUUCCAGACGCGAGAGAUCCUGGACGCCAUGAACCAAGACAGCGGCAUCCCUCUGAACCAGCUUCAGGUGGACGGCGGAAUGACGUCCAACAGGUUGCUGAUGCAGCUGCAGGCCGACAUUCUUUGCAUCCCCGUCGUGAAACCUUCCAUGCCGGAGACGACGGCCCUGGGAGCGGCCAUGGCGGCGGGGGCAGCGGAGGGGGUGAGCGUGUGGAGCCUGAACCCCGAGGACCUGAGCGAGGUCACCUCGGAGAAGUUCGAACCGCAGAUCAACCCCGAAGAGAGCGAGCUCCGCUACGCGCGGUGGAAAAAGGCGGUGGAGAAGUCCAUGAACUGGGAGACCACCCAGCCGGUCAGCAACGGAAACGGUGAACCGGGUAUCUUUAGCAGCAUCCCCCUGGGCUUUUACAUCAUGGGCAGCAUGUUGAUGCUAAUCGGUGCGAAAUACAUCACAGGUCACGACUAGUCUCCUGAAAUUUGGAAAAUAAAGCCGAAAGUUGGGGGGAAGGGUGGGGGGGGGAUGCUUGUUGGGCUUGACCACCAUGGAUAGACUCGUUGUACCCCUCUCUCUCUCCUGAAACCAUUCCAGAAGAACAAGGAAUCAGGAAGGCUUCGUUUGUGUUGUUUUUAUUUGAUUUUUUAAACUCUGUCACUGUCAGUGCCAGAAUAGUCUGGGUUUUAAAGCCAGAGAUCAAUUUUUUUUGUAGCAGCUUUGCCCAUGCAUUGAUACAUUUUAAUUUUUCUUUUUAACAUAAAAGAUGUUAAUUUUAACGAUACUUGUGUAGAAAACUUGACGGCUGCUCAGAUUGAUGUUAAGCACUCGGUUUGAUUUCUGUUUGCAUCACCGUCCUUCCCGAUUGGUUCUCCAGUGGCCAUUUUGUGACGUUUUUUUUUUUGCUUUUAAAGAACCAACACAAAAUCCUUUUUAGAGCACUUUAUCUUUUUAACUUUUUAAUUUUGUUUAUGAAUGCUUAGGAUUGCGGUGGAUGAAAUCCUCUUGACGGUAAAACUCACGGGAAGAAAUGGAUUUGAUAAACUGAAAAUUAUGCUGCUUUUAGUGAAAGCGAAGGUAUGUACAAAUAAAAUAAAAGUGUUGUGUAACUGGCAGUCAUGGGGGGAAAAGGGCAAUUAUAACUAAGUUUUUUAAUCAACGCACCAACAGAAUUUGAACACAAGUCCAGCUCAAAAAUCUGGUGCUAGCAUCUUAUAAGUUAAUCCAUAAAGAAGUGGUUUUAUUGCACUAAAAUUGAAGAUUUUAAGACUUUUUUGCCCAUUUACAUCACUACACAAGGCAAGGGAGUUUUAUUAAAUCACAUGAGAACUGGCCUUUUACAAACCCUCUCGGUUUACACUUAAACUUGAAGUUAAAAAAUGUUAAAAUCCAUAUUUAUUGCAAAGGGCCUGUCCUGUAAGACUUCUGUUUGGCUCUGAAGGAACAAAUGAUGGGGUUUGAAUGUAGGUUGGUGUCAAAAACAACAUGGCUUGCGUUUAGCCUGCCCGCCAAAUGGUUUUGCAUUUACUUUGCAUAGUUAAGGGAGUUAUUUAUUAAAUGGCACGGUCCUCCUCUGCCUUGACAUGACGGUGUGACAAGGGGCAUACUACUGGGAUAAACACACGAUAAGCAAAGCGGGACCUUUUAACUGUGAAUGUGUGUUGUUUUUUUUUAACAACCCUGCAUGUGUGUCUGUGACAUAAAGGCUGUACAAUUAUUUUGGUUUGUUUCCCCAUGACAUUAAAAAGAAAUACUACUCGGA